AUGGACGAAACCCGAGCGUUGGUUCUGCAGGCGCGGGACCGCCGCCUGGCUCUUAUCGAAGCGCUAGCUCCUGUCAGGCUCUUGAGGGGAAACGCCUGCCGCCUCUUCCGGCAGAGGUGCUGGUGCGCGGGAACUCAGAUCUUCGCACCGAGGCAGGGGGCCGCGCAAAGCUUGUUUAGAAUUGGAACUGUAGUGCGCCAGGCUGAAGUGGCCUGGUGGCGUGUUCGCCAGCUACUGGCCCACGCUUUACCUGCCUUCCACUUGGUGCUGGGGCUGGGAAGCUCCGCCCCGAGGCCCUAUCCCACCUUGGAGCGGUCCGUGUCAGCUGGGGGCCGCUUCCGGACGCACGCAAGGCUGGAUCGCCUGAUGUGGCACUCGCGGGGCGGGGUCCGCUACACGGACCCCAUGAACUCCGUGUGCUCCGAGGUGUGGGCCGCGCUGGACCUUGGGGGCGCGCUGGGCCUCCCGCACUGGACCAGCGCGGAAACGCGGGGGGACUUGCUUGAGGUUGUGCUGGGGGUGAACUUUGUGCUGCAGACGCAGGUGCGGCACCACCCUCUUCUGCCUCGGUUCGCGCACGCGGCGGGCGUGCUGGAGGAGGCGGUGGAGCUGGUGCUGGACCCCCCGGCGGGAGGGAUGCGUGGCUGCCACGACGCUGUCCGCAAGUUGCCGGAUGUUGCCGGAGCCCCAGCCCUCAUCGCCGCCUAA